GUAAGAUUAGUCUAUGAAUUUUGUAUAGAUGUCUACCCGCAAACUGAAGUUGAUAGGGUUUAAUAAGGACUUUGUUGAUUACGACGAUGAUAACGACUAUAAGGAUUUUUUCACGAAUAUUGAUGCUAUGUACUUCAAAAAGAAAUCAAAGGGAUGGUGGGACGAAGUCAAAAAGGAGGAAAAUGAACAAAAGUGGAUGGAGGAGAUAGACAAGUAUAUUACUGAAUGUGGAGUUACGGUAGAUACAGCGAAAUCACGGAAGGUCGUUGCAAAUGCUGUUCUUGACACGAUCAUUAACAAGAAGUACAAUGCGGAAGAUAAUGUACAUAAUUUGACCAGUGCGAUAUAUCUCGAAAAAGAAGCAGCGCGAUUGGCUCAGUCACAGAAUAAACAAAACCCUCUGAAUCUCAUUGAUUAUUCUUCUCCUGAAUUCGCUACGAAAGUGAAGGAUCUCUGCCACUUUUUGGGGAUUGCCAAUCAUCCUGAUCCAGUUGUUUCUCUAAAGGCAGCCUGCAUUUUCAUUGCGGAAAACUUGAAUGAAGAAGUUGUGAAAGAGAGGAAUGCGGAGCAUAAAUCUGGUAAACCUGCGAACAUAUUUGAUCUCCGUUCGUUCCCCAUUGAUUUGCCCGAUCAGAAGGAUGGUGCUGUAAAUGCCGCAGGACGUAUAUUGCGGUUGCUCAAUAUCGAAGUGUUGAGAAACACACAGACUAGCGUCAAUGAAACCCUCGUUGCCAUCCAGAAUCUGACUAUCGACCAAACAAAGAAACCAGCUAUGAAACAGAUGUCAGCAGAAACUCGGAGACGCCCGAAUAUUCUAAUCACUGGCACACCAGGCACUGGAAAAUCUACGCUAGGACAGGAGAUUGCAAAUCGUUUACAGUUUGAUUUUAUAGAGGUAGGAAAAGAAGUGCGAGAACAUGGUCUUGUAGAGGAGUUCGACCCACAACUUAACUGUCAUGUACUCGAUGAAGAGAAACUGCUUGACCAUAUGGAGGAUCGCAUGAACAGUGAUAACGGUGGCGUUAUCGUUGAUUAUCACGGAGUGGACUUUUUCCCGGAAAGAUGGUUUGAUUUUGUUAUUGUUCUGCGUUGUUCAAAUACAUUGUUAUACGACCGACUUGAGCAGAGAGGAUACGAUCCGCAUAAGAUCAGAGAAAAUAUCGAAUGCGAGAUUUUUGGAUCAUUGUUAGAAGAGGCAAAGGAUUCAUAUAAAGAGGACAUCAUUCAUGAAUUGAAAUCAGAAACAGUAGAUCAAAUGCAUGCUAAUGUCGAUUACAAAAAUCAUGUGCAGAUGUGUCAAAUGUGGCAACGAAUUCGGUAUGGCGUUCGUUGGAGACCUAGUGAACGUCUCGCCCUUGCUGUGAGAGCUCUCGAUUUGAAAUCUGUAAAAUCGAUUGCUAUCUCAAUGGAUCCGCUCUAUCCAGGAAAUCUUUCUUUGAGAACAUUCUGGCAUAGCAUUGUCAGUCCCAAAGCUCGACUUACCAAUCCAGCACUCAAAGUGACCACCGAAAUCCGAAAUGAUCGACGGCCACCGUUCUUUAUCGCCACUCUUGAUACUGGGAAGAAACUCCAUUUCAACACUGAUAAUAUGCCCGCUAUGGAUCUGAUAAUGCGAUUCAACAAGUUGCUUGGAAAUCCUGAAUUGGGAAAGUCCGGAACUCGACCAAGACCAAAGUUAUAGCGUUGUUGUGCGACAAAUGUUUGAGCUUUUGUUUUCAUUGAUCAUUCUAGACCUCAAUGUGAAUAAUAUAAAACCCUGUUUAGUAAAGUUAUUUCAGAUGUAUUCGUAUCUUUUUUUGGUUAUAUGAAAAAUGUCGUUUUGGGUGGUCAACCCUCUUUAAGUAGUUACGGAUGUGAUUAUGGACAAUUUGCUUCCUGCUUGCCACAUCUCUACUCAUGUGUUCAUUGCCUUCCCCUUCCCCUUCUCCCCUCCCACUUCUCUCCCCAACGGUAGCGUUUUGAAAUCUGUAUGUUCUACGAAAAUGCUCAGACCUAUUUUUGCUUGCGAAAAGUAAAUGCGAUAUUGAGAA